AUGGACGCCUGGCCAUAUCGCGUCCCGUCCAUCAACUUUGUUAACUUUGAAACCCGAAACCACCCCCAAAGCACUGACGUCAGAGUGGACGCUGGCCAUCGGCGUUUCAAGGGCAAAAUAAUAGAGAGGAGGGGUCCUAGAUAAGAGAAGACUUAAGUACUGUAGGCUACAAGUGUACAAUCAAAACGAUGGUACCGACCUCUGUUUAAUACAUCCCAUGAUAACGAUGGAAGCUGCAGUUCUGUAUAAAAGCCCGAAGAAACGGUACCUUCUUUCAACGUUGCAGCACUAGCUUGAAGACCACUGGUUUUUUUCAACACUAGCAACACGCGCUUUUAAAGGGGCAGCACCGGGCUCACUUGUAAGUCAUCAUGGCGGAUUCCAGCAACCACAUUACACGCCUGUCCCGGGCUUUAUCACAGCCUACACUCAAAUUGGCCGAAUGUAACGAUGUUAGUCCUGCGAGAACGAUUCCGCUGCAUCCAUGCCGAAGGAGAAUGUUAUCGAGCUGCACCUCGAUCGAGUGCAUUGAGCCGGUGACUUCUUAUAUCGAGGCGCGAGUCCUGGUUAUCAACACCGGAGGAACCAUCGGGAUGACUCUUCAUGAUAAUGGGCUUGCCCCACAAGCCAAUGCAUUUGUGAAGAACCUACGCAAGUUGCCCUUCUUCCACGAUGAGAAGUAUGCCCAGGAGACCGGCCUGUUUGAGUACUAUGGAGAUGAGACACUGGUCUUGCCGAGGCCAACGCCCCAUGCUGACAAUCUAUUUCAUGGGCUGAGUAAAAACAAGAGGAUAGUCUACACUAUUUUAGAGUACGACCCUUUGCUGGACUCCUCUAAUAUGACCACAGAAGACUGGGCUAAAAUCGGAAAGGACAUCGAGAAAAACUAUGAAAGCUAUGAUGGUUUUGUGAUCCUCCAUGGCACAGACACUAUGGCUUACACAGCCUCUGCCCUGUCCUUCAUGUGUGAACAUUUGGGCAAACCGAUCAUUGUCACUGGAUCACAGGUGCCGAUCUAUGAGAUGAGAAAUGAUGGCAGAGACAACUUUCUGGGGGCGCUGCUGAUUGCUGGCCAGUUUGUCAUUCCUGAGGUGUGCCUAUAUUUUUACAACAAACUCUACAGAGGGAAUCGUUCGACCAAGGUGGAUACUGGGAGUUUCAAUGCAUUCGCCUCUCCUAACUUGACCCCUUUGGCCACUGCUGAAGUGGACAUUACAAUCAACUGGGAUACGGUGUGGAGGGCAAACACCACCGCAAAGUUUCAAGUCAGCCCUGAGCUGAACAGGAACGUGGGCCUGCUCCGGCUGUUCCCAGGGAUCACCGCUGCUACUGUAAGGGCUUUCCUUCAGCCGCCCAUGGAGGGUGUGGUCCUGGAGACCUACGGCAGUGGAAAUGCCCCCGAUAACCGAAAAGACCUGUUGGAUGAGCUGAAGGAGGCCACCGACCGUGGUGUCAUCAUCAUGAACUGCACCCAGUGUCUGAGGGGGACCGUGUCUGCAUCUUACGCCACUGGCACGGUAUUGCUGGAUGCAGGGCUGUUACCUGGCAGUGACAUGACUCCAGAGGCUGCCCUUUCAAAGCUGUCCUACGUAUUGGCCAAGAAAGACAUAAGUCUUGAUGCUAAGAAAAAGAUGAUGGCUCGGAACCUGCGAGGUGAGAUGAGUGCUGACUUAGCAGGAGCCAAGCUGUGUCUGAGAGACAGCCGUUUCAUCCAGGCCAUCGCCAAGUCUCUUAGCAUCAGUUGCAAGGAGGAGCUGGAAGCCAUCCGUGAUGCCCUGACUCCCCCACUGGCAUGUGCUGCUGCUAAGAACGGAGACAUAGAGGCCUUGGAAGCCCUAAAGGAAAUGGGCAGUAACUUGUGUCUGGGUGACUAUGAUGGACGUACACCCCUACAUGUUGCCGCCUGUGAGGGCAACCACAAAGUGGUGGAGUACCUACUGGGUCUUGGAGCAUCAGUCUAUGCUAAAGAUCGCUAUGGGGACACACCCCUAAGCAACGCUGUACGCUUCAGGAACAAGGAGGUUGUGAAGCUGCUGAGAAAGACUGGAGCCCACUUCUCCAAAGAUGAGUUGGAUGAAGCCGGAACCGAACUGUGCAGCCUGGCAGCCAGCGCUGACCUGGAUGGCCUGGAAAUCUGGAGUCUUGCCGGAGCUGAUCUGAAUAAACCAGGCUACGAUGGACGGGCAGCAAUUGGAGUGGCCCAGGCUGUUGGCAAUCAGAAAGUGGUGGCAUUUUUAGUUCAACUCCUGAGCAAAAAAGCCAAGACAGUAUUUGGUCAAUUUAAUGAGUAUGAUGAAGAUGAUGAUGAGGAGGAGAACGAAGUGAUCAAAUUCAUAGCCACCCCGACAGGACUGUGAGCUGAAUCUACCUUGACCAACAGGAAUCGUCCUCUGACUGUUUGACUGUCACCCCCCCCCCGCCCCUUCCAAAGCCGUCCUCUACACACCGUCCACUGUCACAGACUUGCUCUCACUUUGAAUGUUGAAAUACUUUUUAAGGCCAUCGCUGCUUACAGUGUUUCCCUCCAAACCCAUUGAUUGCACAACAUUGUGUAAUCACUGUUUUAAGUGCGAACUGAUCACGAAGGGCGACACUAAAUGUGUGUAUAUGUUUUAUUGUUGCACAGUAGUAUAUGUAAUAGGAAACCUACCAUCCUGAAUGUGAAGGUCUAAUCAGGGAUUAAGGGUGAAACUCACCUGAGCUGUUUUAACAUGGAGAGUGCUGAAAGCUCCCAUUACUCCUCCAACAGUGAAGGAGGCUUGCUAAAUUACUUUAUGAAGUAAUGUCUCUUGCUAUAGCAAUAUAUUCAUGUUAUCUGAAACUACAGUGAACAUUCACAAAUUGUAUUUGUAAUGCUUAUUUUUACAUUGAGAUGCUGGAAAGUAUCAUGUAAACCAAUGGAAAUAAUCAUUUAUUAUCUGGUGUGUUAUCCAAGUGUAGCACUUGUCCACCGCUCCGGAAACGGAGCUCUUCAUUUCCUGUUCAAACAGGUACUACAAAAACCUAUAGUUACCUUUCAAACUCAUCCAGCCUGUUUCUUUCACUGAUUACUAAGCUGGAAAAGUUGCAUAUCUCACUUUUGAAAUGGAAAAUCAGACUAUUGUGUGAGUCAAUUGAAGACCAUUUCAGUGUUACAUUUUGUAUUUUGAAUGUCUUCUUUUAGUCUUUUCCGUCCACGAUCACAAACAAAUGACUUGGUUCACUCUCCUUAUCUUUGUUGUGUAUCGAGUAAACCGUGUUAAACACAGCUACUCUUGUUUUGUUUUUUAAAAGUUGAUUAUAUCAAUAUAUGCCAGUUUUUUUGUACACUUUAAUGUUAACCCAUUCUAAACCUCUGUGAUUAAUAUGACUUUAAAGAGCAAAAAAAUUGAAAGGACUUCAAAUUGUUCCUGCUGUUACCAAUGCAGUUAUUUUACUACUGUUGUAUUGCAAAAGAGUGUGUAUGUGUGUGUGUUCUUCCUCCUGUGAAAAAAAUAAUAGCAACAGAAAUAAAUCUCUAGU